UCAGCGCAGCCGGGCGCGUCCCCUCAGGUGCGGCUAUCCCUCGACUACCAUGUCUGCACCCGGGAUCCCGGUUCUCUGCCUUGUGGGUGUGUGCCUGCUGCUGCUGCUGCUGCCCGAGCCUGCGGGCGGCGUGGGAGCGGUUCCCAUUGCUAUCACAUGCUUUACUAGAGGUCUAGACAUCAGGAAAGAGAAAACAGAUGUCCUCUGCCCAGGAGGCUGUCCUCUUGAAGAAUUCUCCGUGUUUGGGAACAUAGUAUAUGCUUCUGUAUCAAGCAUCUGUGGAGCCGCUAUUCACAGGGGAGUAAUUAGCAACUCAGGAGGACCUGUGCGAAUCUAUAGCCUACCAGGUCGAGAAAACUAUUCCUCAGUGGUUGCCAAUGGCAUCCGAUCGCAAACCCUUUCCAGAUGGUCUUCUUCUUUCACAGUGACAAAAGGCAAAAGUGGUACCCAGGAAGCUACAGGACGAGCAGUGUCCACAGCACGUCCUCCAACAGGUAAACGACUCAAGAAAACAUCUGAGAAGAAAGCUGGCAAUAAAGACUGUAAAGCAGACAUAGCAUUUCUUAUCGAUGGAAGUUUUAAUAUUGGGCAGCGCCGAUUUAACUUACAGAAGAAUUUUGUUGGGAAAGUGGCUCUAAUGUUGGGAAUUGGAACAGAAGGACCACACGUCGGCCUUGUUCAAGCCAGUGAACACCCCAAGAUAGAAUUUUACUUGAAAAACUUUACAUCAGCCAAAGAUGUUUUGUUUGCCAUAAAGGAAGUAGGUUUCAGAGGGGGUAAUUCCAAUACAGGAAAAGCCUUGAAACACACCGCCCAGAAAUUCUUCACAGCAGACUCUGGAGUGAGAAAAGGGAUCCCCAAAGUGGUGGUGGUAUUUAUUGAUGGUUGGCCUUCUGAUGACAUUGAGGAAGCAGGAAUUGUGGCCAGAGAGUUUGGUGUCAAUGUAUUUAUAGUCUCUGUGGCCAAACCUAUCCCUGAAGAACUGGGAAUGGUUCAGGAUGUUGCAUUUGUUGACAAGGCUGUCUGUCGGAAUAAUGGCUUCUUCUCUUACCACAUGCCCAACUGGUUUGGCACCACAAAAUAUGUAAAGCCUCUGGUACAGAAGCUGUGCACUCACGAGCAAAUGAUGUGUAGCAAGACCUGUUACAAUUCAGUGAACAUUGCAUUUCUAAUUGAUGGCUCCAGUAGUGUUGGAGAUAGUAAUUUCCACCUUAUUCUGGAAUUUGUUUCCAACAUAGCGAAGACUUUUGAAAUCUCAGACAUUGGUGCAAAAAUAGCUGCUGUACAGUUUACCUAUGAUCAGCGCACAGAAUUCAGUUUCACUGACUAUAGCACCAAAGAGAACAUCUUGGCUGUUAUCAGAAACAUUCGCUAUAUGAGUGGUGGGACAGCUACUGGUGAUGCGAUUUCCUUUACUGUCAGAAAUGUGUUUGGUCCCAUAAGGGAUAGCCCCAACAAGAACUUCCUGGUAAUUGUCACAGAUGGGCAGUCCUAUGAUGAUGUUCGAGGCCCUGCUGCUGCCGCACAUGAUGCAGGUAUCACCGUUUUCUCUGUUGGUGUGGCAUGGGCACCUCUGGAUGACCUGAAAGAUAUGGCUUCUAAGCCAAAGGAAUCACAUGCUUUCUUCACAAGAGAGUUCACAGGAUUAGAACCCAUUGUUUCUGAUGUCAUCAGAGGAAUUUGUAGAGAUUUCUUAGACUCCCAGCAGUAAUGAUGACAUUUUGACAACUGAAAGAAAAGUGCAAGGCACCAAAUGUAUAAGUGUAUUCUUGUAAUGCUGCAACAAUAUAUAGAUUACUAGGAUGAGAUACAAAACUAUUAAAGAUGUCAACAGCUAUUUUAAACAAACAAGCAUUCAUUUAAAGCUACUACUUUCUAAUUACAAUUUAGACUUAAUUGUUCAAAACAUUCUGCUGAAGCUUCAUAAUCAUGACUCUUAGAAACUCAGGAAAGAAGAGAUAUUAUGGAUUAAAAUAUUAGUUCUAACAUGCCUACUACAUGUAUACAUAUGCAAAUUCCAGAGCUCUUAAUAAAAGAAUUUGAUACUUAGAACAAAAGCAA